CAUAAACACCAGUGUGUACCACCAGUGCACGUCUGAACCACGUAGCGCAGGGAGGAGGCUUUUGCCUGCAAGACGUCGUCGUUGUCGUUGUCGCCGUCGAUCGUCGCAAAGACAGCUGUCGAUAUUGUUCUACAAUCAAAUCAAGAGGCAGAUUUGUGCCCGCAACACGUACGUACGUUCACCUCCCCGGUGGUGGUGGUGGUGGUGGUGCUGGUGGAGUGAUUCAUCGAAGGCAAAGGUAAACCAUGGCGUGCCCGUUUGCGAAGCAUGCUUCCAGCGAAACGUUCCAGCGGCAGCCGUCGAUUGCUGAAGCACCGAACUGGAACCUGGACGAGGAUCUGAGCGAGCAGGCAGGUGAUGCGCUCACGCUGACGCACCUAAACGCCGCUAUACAGUUGCUGACGGCGCCAUCGAACGAAAAUGUGCACGAGGCACUGCGAUCCCUGAUUAACAAGUACAGCAACAGGUGGCCCGCAUUGUCAAAAAUGUAAGUGGACGCCAGCGGUCCUGGUCAAUAAG